AACUUCCACCACCACCCCGGCGCCUCUGCAUGACGACAUAACUCCGCGCCAAACUAGUUAGCUAGCUGAAUGACGGCUAGGGUUACUCGAAGGAGCGGAGCCGACGUCACUUUACCCGGUACCGGACUAAUCCUCACCUGGAACCCAGAGACAGCUGGGUCUCUCUCCCUCAGUGACCACAGAGAGGUCUGAACCUCUGCCACCAUGACAGACAACAAGCGUCUCGCUUUCUCCAUCCUCCAGUUCCUCCAUGAUCAAGUCAAGUCAGGGAAUCUGACCUCAGGCGCCCAGGAGAGUCUGGAAGUUGCUGUUCAGUGUUUGGAGACAGCGUUUGAAAUUUCGACUGACGACCAGACCCUCGCCGUCCCCAUGACGUUACCGGAGAUCUUUGCCUCAGCCACAGACGAGCUUCCGGCUGAGUCGCAUGUCAACAACAACUCGGCUCCCCCACAACCUCUGAACUCCCUCACUGAGGAACUGAGAGACGAGGCCGAGACGCUCAAAACUGAUGGCAACGACCAAAUGAAAGUGGAGAACUUUGCAGCUGCUGUUGAGUUUUACUCAAAGGCCAUCGCCAUCAACCCUCAGAACGCCGUCUAUUACUGCAACAGGGCUGCAGCGUACAGUAAACUAGGGAACUAUGCUGGAGCGGUGCAGGACUGUGAACAGGCCAUCCGCAUCGACCCAAACUACAGUAAAGCCUACGGGAGGAUGGGUUUGGCUCUGGCCAGCCUCAACAAACACACAGAAGCAGCUAGUUACUAUAAGAAAGCUCUGGAGCUCGACCCCGACAACGACACCUACAAAACCAACCUGAAGAUUGCGGAGGAGAAGAUGGAAACGUCCAGUCCAACAGCAGGGAUGGGCGGAGUAGAUCUGGCCGGUCUGCUCAGUAACCCCGGCUUCAUGAACAUGGCAUCCUCUCUGAUGAACAAUCCUCAGGUUCAGCAGCUGAUGUCGGGGAUGAUGUCAGGAGCGUACGGUGGGAUGCCAGGAGGAGGAGGAGGAGGAGGGGGAAUGCCAGGAGGAAUGCCAGGAGGAAUGCCAGGGGGAAUGCCAGCAGGAAUGCCAGCAGGAAUGCCAGCAGGAAUGCCAGGAGGAAUGCCAGGAGGAAUGCCAGGAGGAAUGCCAGGAGGCCUAGGAGGAGGGCUAGGAGGAGGGCUAGGAGGAGGACUAGGAGGAGGGCUAGGAGGAGGACUAGCAGGAGGACUAGCAGGAGGACUAGGAGGAAGUGCGGCGCCCCCUGGAGGCGCUGCAGCUGGCGGAGAUUUAUCAGGACUGAUCCAGGCAGGUCAGCAGUUUGCUCAGCAGAUGCAGCAACAGAACCCUGAACUCAUCGAACAGCUGAGGAGUCAAAUCCGCAACCGAACGCCCAGCGCUGGAAACGAGGAGCAGCCAUGACACUCAGAUACAGUUGGACAGGUUUGCGUGCGGAGAAGAAGAGCUGAUUUGGAUCAUUUAUAACUCGAAGGACUAAAAGGAAGGGUUUUUUUCAGUUUUUUGGUUUUUUUUUCUUCCCCCCAUCACUGAAUAAUUCCUGCACGAGAGAACGAGGGGCUCCCGCUUCAUUCAGGAGCCGCAUCACCAAAAACAACAAACAUCCACUUCCUGCGGCUCUGUGUGGUUUUUAGGAAGAACAUUUUGACUUUAACACUUUGAUAUCAAACACAGAUUAAUUCUAUUAAAUAAAUAACGCUCUAAUAGGAACAUGGAUGUUAAACAACAGAGUUUAAAAAGCUUGAAAUUUCUUCUUAAAACUACACAGUGUAACUUUAAAUGUUUUGUCCAGUACCCUGUUUAUUGAUGGAUGUGUGAGUGAGUGAGUGAGUGAUGAGUGAGUGAGUGAGUGAGUGAGUGAGUGAGUGAGUGAGUGAGUGAGUGAGUGAGUGAGUGAGUGAGUGAGUAUCAGGGUUAAUUUAGUGUGUGUGGCAGGUUGAGCUGUGAGGAGGCAGAGAGCUGUUCAAAACACAGUCUGACAAUUAAAAAGAGCAUCUCAACAUUUUACACCCUC